GCUGCGACAACCAGUUUAGCCAGUUUCUCCUAACAAACACACCAAAAAACACAAAAAAACAAGAAAAAAGCAAGAAAAAAACGGUGUCUUUUCUUCACUACGAAGCUUAACCUGCGACCAAACCCCGCUGCAUCCACUGUACCCAGCGUUUAUUACCCGUAGUCAACGAUGAAUCCCGAAUAUGAUUAUUUAUUCAAGCUGCUGCUGAUCGGUGACUCUGGUGUUGGAAAGUCUUGUCUCCUCCUCCGGUUUGCUGAUGACACGUACACAGAGAGCUAUAUCAGUACCAUCGGUGUGGACUUCAAGAUCAGGACCAUCGAGCUGGACGGAAAGACCAUAAAGCUUCAGAUUUGGGACACAGCCGGUCAGGAACGGUUCCGCACCAUCACGUCCAGUUACUACAGAGGAGCUCACGGCAUCAUAGUGGUUUACGAUGUGACAGAUCAGGAGUCUUUCAACAACGUGAAACAGUGGCUACAGGAGAUCGACCGCUACGCCAGCGAGAACGUCAACAAGCUGUUAGUAGGAAACAAGUGUGACCUCACGACGAAGAAGGUCGUCGACUACACCACAGCCAAGGAGUUCGCUGACAACCUCGGCAUCCCGUUCCUGGAGACGAGCGCCAAGAGCGCCACCAACGUGGAGCAAGCCUUCAUGACGAUGGCGGCCGAGAUCAAGAAGCGAAUGGGCCCCGGGGCCACGGCCGGGUCCUCGGAGAAGUCCAACGUCAAGAUCCAGAGCAAGCCAGUCAACACCUCGACCGGAGGCUGCUGCUGAGGAACCCCCCCCCCCCCCGGACCCCCCCUCUGACCCCCCCACCACCAACAACAGCAACAGCCCUGAGCCCCACGGCCGAGUCUCAAUGUUACCAUGCUCCACAGGGAAAGGAGAGAGAGAGAGAAAGAGAGAGAGAAAGAGAGGGA